GGGAUAUUUUGGUAUAUUCAAGCAAGUCCCAUGGGCCAUGAACGUAGUUAUGAGUACGUUAAAGGGGUGGUUGGGUCAAUUCAGUUUGAAAAAUAAUAGAAAAUGUAGAUAGAGUACGUUUGAGUUGAGAGGAUAUUUGUCAGUCACAGACUCAGAAACUCCUAUGGAACCAGUUUCUUCAUCUCUCUGCUCUCUCUGCUCUGCUCUGCACUGCAAUUUUUCUCCACACCACACUCUUCCCCCUCCCACUUCACACACUGACACAAUCAAUCACACUUGUCUCAGGUGAUUGAUAUCUCUACCUUCUCAUCUGAUCACACUCAUCAUAACACAAAAUCUCCUCAAUUCCCACCCAAUUCCCCAACUACCCACAAUAAAUUAAUUUCAAAAAAUCUCCCCCUGCUUCCAAUAUUUCAUUUCAAACGAGUUUCUCUAGUCCCACAUCGAAAUGCAGGAAAUACAUCCAAUCGGAGGAGGUGGCGGUGGUGGUGGAGGAAGCAGGUUCUUCGGCGGUGCUGACAGGAGGCUCCGACCUCACCACCAACAGAACAACCAGGCUCUCAAGUGCCCCCGCUGUGACUCCAUCAACACCAAGUUCUGCUACUACAACAACUACAACCUCUCUCAGCCCCGCCACUUCUGCAAAAACUGCCGCCGUUACUGGACCAAAGGCGGCGUCCUCCGCAACGUCCCCGUCGGCGGUGGCUGCCGGAAGUCCACCAAACGCUCCAGUAAGCCCAAAAACUCUUCCUCGUCGGAAACCACCGAUCUCCAGCUGCCAGAGCCAGAGCACAACUCCAACUCUCAUUCCAGUAGCGAGAGCUCCAGCCUCACCGCCGCCGUAACGGAAGCCGUUUCAGCUCCGGCGUUGAACUCCGACCCGAAUUCCAACAACAUGCACGAGUCGAAAUUGUUGAACUCUGUUCUGGAUGCGAAUGCUCUGGAACAAGCAGGAACAGGGGACUGUGGCGGCGGUGGUAUUUUCUCCGAGAUUGGGAACUUCACCAGCUUGAUCGCUUCAUCUUCCACCACCAACGAUGCAUUGGCUUUCGGAUUCGGCAACAACAACGGUAUUCCACCUGAUGCAUCGUCGUUUCAGUGGCAGCACCAUCACCCAGGAGAACAAGAACUAAAGUUGCAGGGGAAUAUUCUCAGUGCCGCCGCCGGCGGCAACGGCGGAGGAUUUGGAUCGUUGGAUUGGCAUAGCGGUGGUGCGGAUCAUCAAGGUUUGUUUGAUCUUCCUAACACAGUUGAUCAGGCUUACUGGAAUCACACUCACUGGUCUGAUCAUGACAAUUCCACUCUCUUUCAUCUUCCAUGAUGAGAAAAAAAUCCUUUCUCCUUUUUAAUUAUAUAUAAUAUUUUAACUUGAAACAAGAAGCAAAGAAACUUCAAAAUCUAAACAGAAAAACUGGAAGGACUUCAUAUAAUUAAUCAUGAGGUGUAUAAUAUUUUUUUCCUUUUUUUUGAAUUUGGGAGGUGAUUAUUGAGCUUGGUUUUUAAUUAGUGAUGAUGUGCAUGCACAACUAACUUCCAUGUUAGUUUCUGUUUGUUUUCCCUCUCUAAUUUUCUGGGAUUGUUAUAUAAUAUGUGUAUUUGGAAUUUGAUUGUUUAGAGCAACAGAGAAAAUAUAACAGCAUCAGCAGUGUUUUAUUAUAUAUUUGAUUGCUGUUUAGGUUUG